GUUUAAUGAAGACAACAAAAAACCAAAAUCACAUUCGAGCUCUCCCAGAUCUUUCAGUUUUUCAAACGACCCAGAAUUCAGGAACUUCUGAAGAUUUUUUUUUUAAAUUAAAAAAGAAAUUUUGGUUUAGGCAACUGUGGCUGUUUUACACUUUCUAGUCUGCUUGUGUUUGGCUACUCAGACAAAUCUUUUUCCUUUUUUGUUUCUAUUUCUGUUCUUUGGGUCCUUUUGUUCAGUGAAGAAGAACUCUCUCUCUCUCUCUCUAUAAAAGAGAUAUUUUUGGUUUUUUUUAAUAUUUAUUUUUGGGGUUGAAGAAAAUAUGCAGCAGGAUCAGUUGAAGAAGGACCUAAAAGAUGACUUUUUCACUGAAUAUGGUGAUGCAAACCAGUACAAAAUUAUUGAAGUCAUUGGGAGGGGAAGCUAUGGAGUUGUUUGUGCGGCACUUGACACUCAUACUGGUAAGAAAGUCGCAAUAAAGAAAAUACGAGAUGUAUUUGAGUACACAUCCGAUGCUUUAAGGAUUUUACGUGAAGUCAAGCUGCUUAGACUUCUUAGACAUCCUGAUAUAGUUGAAAUUAAGCAUAUAAUGUUGCCACCGUCAAAGAGGGAGUUCAAAGAUAUAUUUGUUGUUUUUGAGCUCAUGGAGUCUGAUCUUCACGAAGUCAUCAAAGCUAAUGAUGACUUAACCCGUGAACACCACCAGUUUUUCCUUUACCAAAUGCUUCGUGCAAUGAAAUAUAUGCAUACAGCUAAUGUUUACCAUCGUGACCUUAAACCAAAGAAUAUACUGGCAAAUGCCAAUUGUAAGCUUAAAGUUUGCGACUUCGGGCUAGCAAGAGUUGCAUUUAGUGACACCCCAACCACUGUCUUUUGGACGGACUAUGUUGCUACGCGAUGGUACAGGGCUCCAGAGCUGUGUGGAUUUUUCUUUUCCAAGUAUACACCGGCAAUUGAUAUUUGGAGCAUUGGCUGCAUCUUUGCCGAGGUAUUGAUAGGGAAGCCUCUAUUUCCUGGAAAAAGUGUCGUUCAUCAAUUGGAUUUGAUCACUGAUCUUUUGGGGACGCCUUCACCUGAAACUAUUUCUGGAGUCCGAAAUGAUAAAGCACGAAAACACUUGACAGAAAUGCGGAUAAAACAACCUGUGCCUUUCUCACAGAAGUUCCCAAAUGCAGACCCGUUAGCAGUGCGGCUAUUGCAGAGGCUGUUAGCGUUUGAUCCAAAAGACCGACCAACCGCUGAGGAGGCAUUAGCUGAUCCUUACUUCAAAGGCUUGGCUAAAAUCGAGAGGGAACCUUCUUGUCAGCCAAUCUCGAGAUUAGAGUUCGAGUUUGAGAGGCGAAGGUUGGUAAAGGAGGAUGUUAGGGAAUUAAUUUACAGAGAGAUACUAGAAUAUCAUCCUCAGCUGCUCAAAGACUAUAUAAACGGAAAUGAAGGAACUAAUUUUCUUUAUCCGAGUGCCAUUGGUCAAUUCAGAAAGCAGUUUGCACAUCUUGAAGAAAACAGUGGUAGAAGUGUGCCGGUUUUCCCUCCGGAGAGGAAGCACAAGUCCCUACCGAGGAAUACAGUUCAUUCCAAUACAAUACCUCUGAAUAGGCAGUCAACUUCGGUUUUGUGUGAGAAUCAAAACGUUACUGAAGAGGCUUCCAAAAAAGUAACUGAUGCAAUUUCUGGUAAUCGAAAGUUAGCACGCCCUCCACCUAAGGUGCCAGCAGCAAAACCCAGGAGAGUUGUUGAAUCUGUCAUACCACAUGAGAAUCCAAAGAAUACUAAAGAUGAUUACGAUGCUAAGGUCUUUCACCAAACCACAGCCCUUCCUCCGCAGCCCCUUUCCAGCACCAACACCAUAAAUCAAGAGAAAUCCAGAAUACAGAGUGAUAUGAAUCAACAAGCCAAACUGCAACCUCAGUUCAGCAUGGCCGCAAGCCAAGCCCCAGCAAUGGCUGUCGGCAUGAAGAGCAACCCGUAUCAACAACCGCAAGCAAAGGCAGAGCAAUUAAAUGAUAGAUUGGGCAUUGAUGCAAAAAUUCUGCAGGCACAAACCCAGUUUGGUGCAGUCGGUGCUGCUGCUGUGGCUGUAGUUGCCCAUAGGACUGUAGGUACAGUUCAGUAUGGGUUGUCUUAAAUUGAAGUUAACCGGGAGCAUCGGGUCAAACUCAUCUUCGUUAUCAAGGUAAUAGCUACUACGAAUGGUCAUCGACUUCCCGGAAAUGGGGUGGCCUUUCUUUGAACAAUCAUAUGACUUCUCAGAAACAGUAGGGUAUUCUUUGUGAAGGCUAGGAAAGAUGGAUCUUGAUAGUUUUAUUUAUUUUCCAUUAUCUAAUUUAUGUUAUGUGUAAAUAUAUGUUUUUAUCAUUGAAUUUUAUAUUUAAUAAAUCGCUUCCAAUUGGUAUUGAUUUUAGCUUAAA